AUGCCUCCUGCGACCGAAGACGCCAUUCGCGCGGUGGCGGCCAUGGCUACCACCCUAGGCAAUAAAAUCUCGGUCCACAUGCUCAACUACCUCAGCACGACGCAGGAUCUGCCCGAUGGCUUUCGUGAACUGUCUCAUACCUUCCUCGACACCUGUCGCACUCUCUGGGCCAUCGAGGCUGGCAUCACGGAAUUGACCGCUGCCAAUCGUUCCCUCCCGGAAAUCGUCGUCGAUGAGAUCGAGAAGAAGUUCGUGGCCGCCUACCGCGACUUCCAACAGUUGGACAAGGUCAUCUUGAAAUUGGUACAUUGGGAACACCGUGGGACAUUGGGUAAGCUCCAGCGUGGAUGGAGUCGUCCGGGACACGAACUCAAUCGAAUCCACGAGUCUCUCAAGAAGAACAAUGAGACUUUGCAAAUCAGCGGCAUGGCUUUCCACUGGUCUCUGAAAGAAGCGCAUCCCGAAGAGGCCGUGGGGAUCGGCUACGCCAGCCUGGCAGCGGCACUGGAUCGUAUCUCCAAAGGCCGAUCGGUCAUGGGUAUCGACAAGACCAAGUCGGUCAAAAGUGACGACUCCGCCUCCAAGCUAUCGACUGGCUCAGCCCUGUCCAGCCCUUUAGUGCCGCCAAAGGAGCCGAGAUAUCCUCGUGGUUCAUCUCCCAGCGUACCGGAAGAACAUGAGCCAAGCUUCGUGUUGCAAGGCCCGGAGAGCAUGGUCGACGACAUGUCAUCCGUCCUGUCCUUGAAUGAAUUUUUGGUCUCUCAGCCCGCGCGCGAUGUCAAAAUCCCAUCCGCCGUUGAAUACCGCACCUUGCCAAUGCAUCCGAGCCAGAGGAGCUCAGCUGGGUCUACGGCGAACAUCAGCUUGCGGGGAGCAAGCGAGCCCGAUACAGGCUUGCGGCCGCGGGAGAAGCCUAGCAUGUCGACUUUGAACGGAUAUACCAUGCCGCAUCAGUUUCCCCACCCGACACUUCCAAGCGGCACACCGAAUCCACGAAACAGUCUUACCUUCGCCAUCCAAGAACGCAAUUACAUUCUGCUUGAGCGACUCCUGACCAACGGAAUGUCACCUGACAAGCACGAGAACAUUCACCCUCUGAACGAGGCCAUCCUUCACCGUGAUCUCGAAAGCACGCAAAUGCUCUUGCAAUACAAGGCGAAUCCUAAUGUGCCGGAUUUGCACGGCAAUACGCCUCUAUAUCUGGCCGUUGAGCAGUCCUUCGUCGAAGGCGCCGCGUUACUGCUUCAACAUGGCGCCGAUGUGAACUACCGGGCCCAGGCAGAGCUCGAUUCUCCGCUGACCAGCUCUAUCUUCAGAAACAACCCGAGCUUGGUGCAGUCUCUCCUUGCCUAUGGUGGCAAACCCAAUGAGGAGACCCGAAACGACACAACUUUGUUGAUUGAUGCCAUUCGAAAUGGUGCCUCGCAGCAAAUCAUCACCAUCCUGCUGGACGCCGGCUGCCACCCAGACCUCAAGGAUAAGCAUGGUAGAACAGCCUUGUGUGAGGCAGUCCUGAAGGACCAGCCGGCCUUGAUCACGUCCCUACUGGACCAUCACGCCAAUCCGAAUCUGCCAGGUCCUGAGCAUGCUUUGUGGUCCGCCGUGCAUCGCCCAGACUGUUUGAGAAUCUUGCUCGCGCGAGGUGCGGAUAUUAAGAAGGCGCCCGGAUUGAUGGAGCAGGCGACGAGCGUGAACAACAUCAAUGCGGUGCGCGUUCUCCUUCAAGCUGGUGUCGAUCCUAAUCUAAAGAAGGACGGUGUUUACACCCCUCUUUGCUCAGCCAUCCGUGAUGACCGCUCUGAUAUUGUGACAUUACUACUGAGCCACGGAGCAGACCCUAAUGUGAUGGCCUCUGAAUACCCCGCAUGGAAGUGUAUCAGUCACGACCGCCUUCAAUACUUCCCAGAUUUGCUGGCUGCUGGUGCUGAUCUCCGCAAGCCGCCGGGAAUUGCAGAAAGCGCUGUACACUUUAAUCACAUGAAGGCCUUGCAGUGGGUGAUCGAGCACGGCGCAAACCCCAAUGAUCGCAAUGCAGAGGGCUUCACAGCUCUAACGACAGCAAUUCGAGACAGUCGUAUGGAGAUGAUUGACUGGUUACUAGCGCAUGGCGCCGAUCCCAAUAUCCGCGGCGAGGAUUGGCCCAUAUACAUGGCGACCCAGUCAUCAGAUGUGCUACGAAUGAUCCUACCUGCCAUUACCAACCUGUCUGCCCACAAGGGCGUCAUGGAGAAAGCAGUCCAAGCCGGAUCCCUCGAGAGCGUCAAAUUUCUACUGGCGGCCGGGGCAAAUGUCGAGUGGAAGAACGGCGGCGUUUUCUCUCCCUUGACGACUGCGCUGAGAGAGCAUCACUUUGAAAUUGUCCGAUUUCUUCUCAACGAAGCAGGUGCUGAUCCCAAUGCCCCAGGCGAACAUCUGCCCCUUGUCAAGGCCAUUCGACGUCGCAAGGGCGAUGAUUUCUCCAUGAUCGAGUUGCUCAUCGACAAGGGAGCUGACCCCAACAAGUGCUAUCGAGAGUGGAAUGCCAUCAUGCAGGCCAUCGAGAACCGUGAUCUUCCACUCCUUCGCAUCCUGAUCAAUCGUGGCGGUCCUGUCGAUUUCACUCAGAGAGACGAAACGGGCCAGACUGUUCUUGAAAUGGCCGAGUCUUCCGGCUGGCCGGAAGGAGCUGAGCUUCUGGUCCAGAACUCGCAGUAA